AUGAGCGGCUCCAAUUCGAUUGAUCAUUCUCGAAGCCCUUUGGGAGACGGUCCUUUUGCUCUGGGUAGAAUCGAAAUUGUCAAAAAAUCGAUCAAAAAUGACCCAAAUUUUGCUUUACCAAGGCUAGUGGUUGAUGACCGUAACGCGGACAUCAAUGCCCUUUUAAAAGCAGAUGUGGAACUGACAGAAAAAUUACAUGCUUAUAAGGAGUUGCGUAUAAUAGGAGGACUCUUGAAGGAGUUUUAUGUUAAUUUAGAGCUCUGGGAACUUGAAUCGUGCUUUUAUUCUUUGCGCAACAUCCAUCAAAAGCUGCAAAAAAACAUUCUGGCCGGCCAAUCAAGGCAAUUCAAACAAUCAGUCAACGAUUCGGUGGAUCAUCUUCAUUUUCAGCUCAUCGAACGCGUUCGUGAUGCGCUCGACGGGUUCUGGAAAUUUGGAAAGGACAGCAUCACUUUCAGAAGCAGUUUUACAACUGAGUCAGGGGACAAUGAGAUAUUGUACAAUGAAAUAUCUGAGUGUGUGAAGUCUCAUCUUUUUGAAGAUGCUGUGUUAGGUUCCAAUUCUUCGUGCUGGUUUGUUUCUUCAAUAGAAUCUAUCGCGACAAAAAACGUGGUCAUCCAAGAACUCUCGGCUAUUUCCGACAAAUACCUGAAGCAUGAACAAACUAUACUUUUUUUCAAGAAGUUCCUGUUUUCCUCGGAUAUCGUACUCUUUCUUGAGGGCAGCUGUAUCAUAUCUGAAAGACGCACUCGUACUAUCGACUUAACGCUCGAUAGCUUCCAAAACCUGGCCACAUUUUUGUCAGGCAUUGUAAGCGCAAAGGAUGCGGACCUGAUAUUGCAAAGUAUUGGCAACCUCCUGGUGAAUGAAAUAAUCAAGUUUGUGAGGCAAGAAGCAGCACAAUUACUGAUUGUAUCACAGCAACGACAGCGACUAAUUGACAUUAAUGCCGCCAUGGCAGAUCUGUCUCUUAACACCGCUGUUCACUGGUGUUAUGACAGGAGUAAGUUAGAUGUCCUCCUAGCUGACGAAAAGAUCAUCAUUGAUUUGAAGUUAGAUCAAAUUCUUCAUGACGAAUUAUUGAAGCUAAGAGCCAUUUUCGAAAGUGACAACUGGAGACUACCAAUGCUCGUUGAAAACCGCGAAAAUAAAUGUUUACCGGAAUCGAAACCUGAACAAGAGCAGGAUGAUGAUUUAGAUGAUGAGUGGGCUUGGAAUGAUGAUGAAGCAGAAAAAGACGAUAAAGACCACGUCAAAGAAGAUGUGGAUGAUGGAUGGGGGGAGGAAAUCGCGCUUGACCUUGAGAUCGAUCCGCUUCCGAAAAAUGAUGCUAAAUACUUCCAAACUAAGAGAGAAGCACAUUCAAAAAACGAAAGUCUCAUGAUAACACGGAUGCCGCAAGGAUUUAAACAAACUCUAAUAAACUUCGAAAAAGGAUGUGAUGCCCUAGGACGAAACCAGAUAUCAGCAACUUACCAUUAUAAGCUGCAAUUACUACUCACAUCCUUUAUGGCCAUGUGCAUGUGCAAAUAUACUGAGUGGUGGCAACUUUACAACGAUAUAACAGUUGUUAUAAGUGAAUGUUCGCCCAAAAUUAAUCUUUUUCGCUUGCACGAAUUGAAUGAGCGUUUUGUGCGUACGCAUAUAGAAAACAUGAAGAUUACUGCACAGCAGCUGAUUUUCCGUCAGCUCAAUGAGUUUUCCAGUGAAGAAAACAGACCCCAGUGGGAAUUCACAAAGAAAAAGCUUUUGCCCUUCGUACAAGAAAGUGUCAUACCUUCGCUUCUACGACUGGUUAAUGGUGGUAACAGACUAUCCGAAUUUCUUGACUUCACAUACAAUGAAUGUCUAAUUCAAAAAGUCCUCUCAUGGGAUGUUAUUUCCGAGAAGAAUUCAGAAAACAUUGCCAAAUUGAUCAAUAUUAUAGCCGCGGGGACGUCAGUCAAAGAGUUACGAGAUAAUCCACAACACGAGCAUUUAAGAGAGAGACUUGUCAUAACUGGCAAAGUGGUCAAUGCUCAUCUGACGGAUAUUAUGACUAUGUUUUCAGAUGGCGAUUUUUACCUAUUCACAACAGACGAAAUCAUUCAAUGGAUCGUCAAGUUAUUUGCAGAUACAGGUCUCAGAAGAGAAUGCAUUGACGAGAUUAGAGACGUUCGUGAGGAAAAUCGUCUUUAG